CGCAUUUUUUUCAAGUAUCACUUGUCAUUUCAACUAAGACUAAGGGCGUAAAUGGUACAACGGCCGAAACGCACAAGGCUGUAUUGUUUAUUUCGCUUACAGCCCACUUGUUACUAGGAUCUUUGACUAGGAAGUCUUAAACAUUCCACCAAUCCCAACCGUCAAAGUGGUUUACGUGCGAAACGAACGUUCGACAAGUUUAGCCAUCUUGCAGUAGGUUAAGUGCAGAGGAGUGAAAUUGGUUGGCGAACGGUGACAAGCUUCUAUCAUCGACGAGAAAAAAAUGACCAAUGAAAACCACUGAAAAGAGUAUAUAAUCGGAGUCAAUUUUGAACAUCGGAAUCUGACGUAUAAGGGAAAUGAUGUCGUGUUUAUACAUGUCCAUCAUCGUACGCUCAACUGAACGGCUCAUGUUAUUAUAGCAGGAUGGCCGCCAAGAACAACGUGUUCACCGACAAGGAGACUAUAAAUUGGUUCAAGGCGUCCAAAGCACUCAAUGUGGCGAAGCAAGGACUUACUGACUUUCUUGACAAACAAUUACAGAAUGUACACGCCGCUCUUGGUAAAUGUUGUGGAAACUGCCCGAUCGAAAAACUCAUACCAUGUCCCACAAACCCAUAUUGUAACAAGAGGAAACGAAAUUAUUGUCCUUUUCACAAAUCACAGAAACCACAGCCAUGUCCAACAUGUGAUCACGUAAAACAGAAUAUCAUAUUACAGCACAGAUACAGUGGGCCGUCCUGGAGAAACACUCGUGCGGAAAACUGGGCACAAGACUAUUGGGAAAUAGGAAAAUGCUUCCUCCCUCCAGACGGAUAUAGCCAUGUUUGCUCGGUACAGGAAUCAGACUUCAAUGGCGUGAUAAGCAUUAUGUUGAAUUGCCUACACUUCCAGACAUGUCUCUCUUCAUCAUGUCUAUCACCUCCACCGCCUGAUAAACAAUGUCCACUAGAAAAGGUCCGUCAGAUCGGCCGAGAUGUACGUCACACAUCCGACAACAAGGUUACAGAUGCUGACCAACAGGACUAUUUCCAGACCCUGUCCACGCUACUGGCUGAUCCAAACUGCUUACAACAUGAUCCCUCAGCAACCAUUGCAUGCACGACUCUUAGAGAUAUUCAGUUGCAGAAUGAUCACAUGUCCAUCGAAGAAUUGGAAGAAUACGAACGAGGCAAAGCAGAUUUUCGCAGGAACUUAAUACAGUUCUAUACGACGAAAAUGAAUACUGUAUCGGUUUCUCCACUAUGGGAGGGUUGUGACAAACCCGUCUGUGACAUCUUUGUGACACCUAAAUUGAUUUCUAUUAUUAUCGAAAAAGAUGGUUCUCGAACGAAAACAAACCACACGAUUCAACAAUACAAAGACAUAUUUUACAAUGAUAAAAAGCUCAAUCGUGUGUUAAUUGAAGGAGAUCCCGGCACGGGGAAAUCUACAUUCCUUAUUAAACUUGCGCUUGACUGGUGCGAGGCAGUAUUAUUGCACAAUCCUAUUCACCUAUCUACAUUCAGCGAUGUUGAUACGUUGAAGGACUUCCAGUUUUUGUUUACAUUUCACUAAGAUAUGCUAGCGGUCAGCGUGAGGUGAUAGACAUGAUUAAAACACAAAUCAUAGACAUAAUUUU